AUAGUCCAAAACAUACAUAUCUUUUCCGUAAAGUAAAAGUUUCAAUUGUCUAACAAAUUUUCAUUGGAAAUGUAGAUAAAGCGUUUUUUUUUUAAAGCAAACACUUUUGCAUGAGAAACCCAGAAUCCUACUAAUUGCUACACGUACUUAAUUACAUCACUUUUGUUUUGAGCCGACAUCGCCGAGUGCAAUUAACUUUCAGCCGAUGAAAAACAUGCCUAAACGGGCCCCCGGGUGAGUUCAUUCGAACACCCUCAUUUUGGUAUGCCUAGCUGGGCUACUUUCAUUGGCUGUUGGUCCCGCCUCAUUUUCGGUUUUCUGGAUGUUCAUUGCUCAAACUAGACAGCCAUCGUGUUUACUGCCGACGUCAUUUAGGCGCUCGAACUCGGUAAUGAUGUUGUGGUUAUCCAUGCCUCUCAUUCGGUGCUUGUGUCUGAAGAUAUCAUUUUGACCAGUCUGCCUCGCAUGGAGUGCGCGCUGAUGGCAACCGUGGAGAUGUCGGAGAUUAAAGGUAAAGAUGAGGAGCCUUUGGAAGGCGACGGCGAUUACGAAAGUUUACCACCUCAUGCCUCAUUGACAAUCCACAUGACAGCAGGAGCAGUGGCUGGAAUCCUGGAGCACACGGUGAUGUACCCCGUGGACUCUGUCAAGACCAGGAUGCAGAGUUUGCAGCCAGACCCGAAGGCUCAGUACAGCAGUGUAUACGAGGCCCUGAGAAGGAUCAUCCAAACGGAGGGCCUCCUCAGACCCUUGAGGGGCCUCAACAUCACCAUGCUGGGGGCUGGCCCUGCCCACGCCCUCUACUUUGCCUGCUACGAACGGGUCAAGUGCACACUCAGCGAAGUAAUUCAGAAUGGAGGCAACAGCCACAUAGCAAAUGGACUGGCAGGCUGUGUGGCCACUGUGCUGCAUGACGCAGUCAUGAACCCAGCUGAAGUGGUGAAACAGCGGAUGCAGAUGUACAACUCUCCCUACCGGAACCUGUUGGACUGUGUUCGGACUAUACGACAUACUGAGGGGCUCGCAGCCUUCUACCGCAGCUACAGCACACAGCUGGCCAUGAACAUUCCCUUCCAGGCUGUCCACUUUAUGACCUAUGAACUGAUGCAGGAGCGGCUCAACCCCCACAGACAGUACCACCCCGGCAGCCACAUACUGUCUGGGGCUGCGGCGGGAGCUGUGUCGGCAGCGAUAACCACCCCGCUGGAUGUGUGUAAGACCCUGCUCAACACACAGGAGAACGUAGCGCUCAGCUCCAUGCACAUCAGUGGUCAUCUCACAGGCAUGGCCAAUGCCUUCAGGACAGUGUAUCGCUUUGGCGGCAUGGCUGCCUUCUUCAAAGGGAUCCAGGCCCGGGUCAUAUACCAGAUGCCCUCCACUGCAAUUGCCUGGUCAGUCUAUGAGUUCUUUAAGUACUUCCUGACCAAGCAGCAGAUGGAGGGAGAGGCUGGGACAGCAGGCCCAGUCUGAGGAAGGGCUGUGGACGGGUUCGACCGUCCACCACACGUAUUCUGGAAGCUCCUGGCUCUCCAAUGGAAUCCAUGCCAAACGUCUCAUUGUGUACACAAUGUCGUGUUCAUAAUUUAUAUAUAUGUGUGCUGUUGUGUAAUAAUCUGUGUUUUCUCAAAGGGAAGUCACUGCAAUGGAGGAAGUUUGAAAGACUUGCUGCGGGAGUGGUAGACUGUGGCACUCCUUACCCUUCUUACGUACUCAGCAAGCCCUUCCGUUGUACAGUGUCAUUCGUUAGAGGAGUGGAGGCUGUUACAUGAACAGGAAAUGCACAGAGAUGGCUUGUCUUUCCAUUAAUGCAGAGAAAAAGGCAUCUUCAUAUGGCAACAGGCCCUUUUCACAAAUCACCUGUUCACUACGCGCACAACACUCCCAACUUUGUCUAUCUAGUGAUUGUGUUUGGCUGCAUUCAUACAGUAUGUAUACUGAACAAAAAUAUAAAUGCAAUUUCAAUUUUUUACUGAGUUACAGUUCAUGUAAGGAAAUCAAUCAAUCAAUUGAAAGAAAUUCAUUAGGUCCAAAUCUAUGGAUUUCACAUGACUGGGCAGGGGUGCAGCCAUUGGUGGGCCUGGGAGGGCAUAGGCCCACUCAUUGGGGAGCCAGGCCCAGCCAAUCAGAAUGAGUAUUUCCCAACAAAAGGGCUUUAUUACAGUCAGAAAUACCACUCAGUUUCAUCAGCUGUCCGGGUGGCUGGUCUCAGACGAUGCUGCAGGUGAAGAAGCUAGAUGUGGAGGUCCUGGGCUGGCGUGGUUGCACGUGGUCUGCGUUUGUGAGGCCUGUUUGCGUACUGCCAAAUUCUCUAAGACGUCGUUGGAGGCGGCAUAUGUUAGAGACAUUUUAACAUGCAAAUCUCUGGCAACAGCCCUGGUGGACAUUUCUUCAGUCAGCAUGUCAAUUGCAUGCUCCCUCAACUUGAGACAUCUGUGGCAUUGUGUUGUAUGACCCUUUAUUGUCCCCAGCACAAUGUGCACCUGUUUUAAUGAUCAUGCCGAUUAAUCAGCUUCUUGAUAUGCCACACCUGUCAGGUGGAUGGAUUAUUUUAGCAAUGGAGAAAUGUUCACUAACAGGGAUGGAAAGAGAUUUGUGCACAUUUGUGCUUUUUCGUGCAUAUGGGGGAAAAAUGGGAUGUUUUAUUUCCGCUCAUAAAACAGAGGACCAGCACUUUACAUGUUGCGUUUAUAUUUUUGUUCAGUGUAGAUCUGAUAUGGGGAACACUUUUUUAAAUGUACUUUUCAGUGCUUGUAUUUUAUGGAUUCAGAAGAGACACGUGGCUUUUUGCUUGAUUUUUCUUGUGUAUUUAUAAAGGACUGUUUGAACACAUUCCUGAGUCUCGCUGCACAGUAAACACAGAACAAUUGCGCUUUCAAAGUGCCUCUUUAGUAAUGAAGUCCGCUACAAGCUAAGCUUUUUGUGUUGUUCAGGUCCUAAAUAGAUUGGACUGAUCAUUAUUUCCAUGAUCAUAAUCAUUGUUUGCCAUUAAAAGGACUUAUCAUUCUGUGGUUUGAAUCUCAAAUGGUAUUUUAAAUGUUAACUCUGGAAGCCAGAUUUGAUCAAUCAUAGCAAGAAACCACCCAUGUCAAAACCAGAUGUACUGAAAUAGUACCACAUUGUUAUUUUUCCUUGGUCAGAAGGUUGGCAUCAUGCAAUGUGGCUGUAGUCUGAGCUGAACCUUUCAAGAUUAGGGAUAUUUUCUAUUCUGUGUUAGAAAUUGGCUCAACCCUCAAAUGUUGGAUAUUUUCACUUUAGAUUGGUCUUCAUUCAAACCUCCGUACUAGAGGUCGACCGAUUUGUGAUUUUUCAGCGCCGAUACCGAUUAAUCUGACUAUUUUAUUUAUUUAUUUGUAAUAAUGACAAUUACAACAAUACUGAAUGAACACUUAUUUUAACUUAAUAUAAUACAUAAUUAAAAUCAAUUUAGCCUCAAGUAAAUAAUGAAACAUGUUCAAUUUGGUUUAAAUAAUGCAAAAACAGUGUUGGAGAAGAAAGUAAAAGUGCAAUAUGUUCCAUGUAAAAUAUGUGCCAUGUAAGAAAGCUAACGUUUCAGUUCCUUGCUCAGAACAUGAGAACAUAUGAAAGCUAGUGGUUCCUUUUAACAUGAGUCUUCAAUAUUCCCAGGUAAGAAGUUUUAGGUUGUAGUUAUUAUAGGAAUUAUAGGACUAUUUCCCUCUAUACCAUUUGUAUUUCAUUAACCUUUGACUAUUGGAUGUUCUUAUAGGCACUUUAGUAUUGCCAGUGUAACAGUACAGCUUCUGUCCCCCUCCUCGCUCGAACCAGCAACACAAUGACAAUUAGCGCACGCUAACUAGCUAGCCAUUUCACUUCGGUUACAGGAGCCUCAUCUCGGGAGUUGAUAGGCUUGAAGUCAUAAACAGUGCAAUGCUUGACGCACAACGAAGAGCUGCUGGCAAAACGCACAAAAGUGCUGUUUGAAUUCAUGUUUACGCGCCUGCUUCUGCCUACCACCGCUCAGUCAGAUACUUAGAUACUUGUAUGCUCAGUCAGAUUAUAUGCAACGCAGGACACGCUAGAUAAUAUCUAGUAAUAUCAUCAACCAUGUGUAGUUAACUAGUGAUGAUUGAUUGUUUUUCAUAUAAGUUUAAUGCUAACUAGCAACUUACCUUGGCUUACUGCAUUCGCGUAACUCCUUGUGGAGUGUAACGAGAGAGGGAGAGAGGCAGGUCGUUAUUGCGUUGGACUAGUUAAGGUUGCAAGAUUGAAUCCCCCGAGCUGACAAGGUGAAAAUCUGUCGUUCUGCCCCUGAACAAGGCAGUUAACCCACUGUUCGUAGGCCGUCAUUGAAAAUAAGAACGUGUUCUUAACUGAAUUGACUAGUUAAAUAAAGGUGUAAAAAAUAAAUAAUAAUAAUCGGCAAAUCGGCGCCCAAAAAUACCGAUUUAUGAAAACUUGAAAUCGUCCCUAAUUAAUCGGCCUUUCCAAUUAAUCGGUCGACCUCUACUCCGUACCUCCCAUACUCAAGAUUGCAGUAGUUUAGUUUCAGUAAUUUUAUUUUAACCACACAGUGAAGUGAGUCGGGCCUCCUUUUCCUGAGGUUACUGGAAUCCCUCAACGUAACGGCCCAAAUAUUAGUCUUGUUUGAACACGGUAGUAGGCCUAUGCACUGGAAUCACGCACAAUGAUCAAGAGUGUUAGUGUAAAUUGUAUAACAAUCUUCUAUGUUUAAGAGAAUAAGCUUUCAAAAAAUAUUUUUAGGCAAGCCCUUUAAGCAUUGGAUUCUGUCUGUGACAGUGAGACAAGUACUAAUGGUUGACCAGAUGAGCUGUUUGUUCUCUGGCAUAUUUUAGCCACGAACUGUGCUCUCCCUCUUCCCAGCAUCUUGGCUCAGUGUUUUCUGCUCCAAGACGAGACAUUUAUCCACACAUUGCUGUAACCAAAAAGCUGCGAGAUUUGUUUGUUUUUAAAUAAAUGCUUGUUUUAUUUUCAUUCACCAGUGAAGUAUAAAGUUCUAUGAGAUCUCCAAAGAUCACAGUCCCUCAAAUGUAGGCUAAUUCAUUCCUUAUUUAAAAAAUCCUAAAGAUAAUGCAUUGUUUGAUUCCACUCACAAACCUGUAUUUUUGAAGUUGGUGGUGAACCUACCUGUGAAAUAAUAAUAAAUUAAAGGACUGCUUAUUGGCAGUCCUUUAAUUCCAAGCAUAAUCUCCAGCCAAAAUAUCUUUAGCAUCUUUUUCUUUGGAUUUCUUCAUUAAAGCUUGUAAUUUAGCUGUCUCUUGGCUUAUUGCCUUAUGUUUGAAAAGUAUCUGUGGGUGCCUCAGCAUUUUUAUGAAGGGUAGCGAUAUAAUUUCUUCUCCAAAUGUACUGUAUCUGUGGAGGCUGAAGUGUUUGGUGGUAUGGGAUAUUUUAGUCUGAACUGGGAGGACCAGGUAGAGAGAAGUUGGCACAGUACAUUACCGUUUUUUAAAUUUAAAUUGUCACUCUUAAUUUGAGCCUUUUCUGUGUGUUUUAUAGAAUUACACCUAUGUUUUUGCUCAAUAUCACAGCUAUUGUUUAUGUAAAUGUAAACAAAUAUGCAACACAUUUAGGUUGAUUAAAUUCAAGCUUUUUUACAACUAUUGGACAGCUGAAGCUUCAUUCAUUUGAUGUUAGUUUAUGGCAUAUUGUUGGUUCAUAUUUUUGAAAAGUGAAUUCAAGACUUGUCAUGUAUGAUUCUGUACAAAUCAAAUGUUAUUUGUCACAUGCACCAAAUACAACAGGUGUAGAUCUUACUGUGAAAUUCUUACAAGCGCUUAACUCCAUUUCUUGAACUGCAUUGUUGGUUAAGAAAAUGUUUACUAAAUAAACUAAAGUUUAUUUUUAAUUUUUAUUAUUAUUUUUUAAAUAAAUAUUCUUGUUAUACCGGGAUUUCUUAUAAGCGUCCAGAUUAGUGUCCUGCUCCUUGGAAGCGGCAGCUCUAGCCUUUUUAGCUCGGUGUGGAUCUUGCCUGUUAUCCAAAUGCAGAACAUGCUAUUUCUGUUCUGACUUUUAUUCGAUUUGUAUUAAUCUUAUUUUUAAAUGCUCGUCAUUCAGUUGAUGGAAUUCAUUGCAUUAAAAAGCACUCACCAGGUCUUUUAACCCCUCUUCAAUAACACUGCUCUCAUACAUUGUUAAAUGUUUAGCAGGACUGAUAUUCUUUUUAAGAAAUAGAUGGGUUGGUUGAUAAUUCAAGAUUGGAAACAUUUGCUUAACUAAUAUUGUUCACAGAUUCAGUCUGAACUACUUUUUUUUUUUUUAGCUUCUGAUAAAAUAGCCACAGAAUAUUACAUUGCAUUACAGCUCUGGAAAAAUACUUUGCUUAAUUAUCUAGCUUGUCUAACUUGACCGUAAGAUCAUUUCAACAAUGUACGUUGUAUGUAUUACUAUGUAUGCCACAUUAAGUGAUUUAUAUAUUUCAAUGGAGAUUGGGAAAUUAAAAUCUUAUCCAGGUAUGUUCAUCAUGUAACAUUGUUGCUGCUUUUUUUGCACACAACAAGGGGGGAAACUGGGAUAAUAUGACUAGAGUGCCAUCUACAGUACAAUUUUAGAUUUGGGGGGCAAAAAAACAUGCAAAUGUUAAAAUGAAGGUGGUUAUGCUGCUACAGUAUGUAACACUGGAGCUCAAAUAAAAUGCAAGUGGUCAA